GAAAUAGUCGGGCCAGGAAGAUAGAAAGGCUAGAACCGCCAUGUUGAAAUGUGAAGUUUGAUUUUGUUAAUCAAAGCAAUACACUGUGGCUGACCAUGGACCCUCGGAGGAGUGCCCAGGACGUGUUACGGUGUGACCUGUGCGAGACUCCUGUCCCCCCUUACUUCUGUGAUCUCUGUCACGUCAACCUCUGUAAGAAAUGCGCCGGGGAACAUCUCCUGGACGAAACCAAAGAACACAAGGUGGUGCCCAUCAAACAGCGAAGAUCUACAUCCAAUUUCCAUGAAUGUCAAAAACAUACCCCAAAACAAAGCGAACUUUACUGUGAACAAUGUAACAUUCCUAUCUGUGUACAGUGUGUCUCAUCUGGUGAACAUUUAGGUCAUAAGGUAGUUGGUUUUACAGAAAAAUUACGAUUCAAAAAUGAAAUCCUUCUAAACGAUUUGCAAGAAUUAGAGAAAUCCAUUUAUCCAAAGUAUCAAGCAUUAGCAGAAAUAACCACAGUUCAUAAAGUUGAACUAAAAAAAAACUCCCAGAAAUUGACAUCAGCAAUUGACAAACAUGGAGAAGUCUGGCACAGAGAAAUAGACACCAUUAUACAGAAACUGAAAUCUGAUCUUGAUGAAAUGGACGCCAAACACCUGGCUGUCUUAAAUAAAGGAGAACAUGAAAUCACACACAUCAUUUCUAAAAUUACACAGAGCAUUGCCAAUCUGAAAAAGUUACUGGACUCCAAUGAUGUCAGCCGUGUCACUGCCUACAAAUCCAGAAAUGCUGAAUACAGAAGAUUGCCUCCUAAACUCACAGUUUCUCUACCAAACUUCACUCCUCAAAAAAUUAACUCGGAACAACUUUACCAACAAUUUGGUUCCCUGUCAGCAUUCUCCAUUACAACAGAGGAACAUGGCUACACCAUGGAAACCUCAGAAGCUGGAUCCUCUACUCUCAAACCACUGCUUGAUGAGCCACGGAUCAUCUCUACCUUACAGACACAGUAUGGACGUCCUAAUUAUCUAACCAGUGUUACUUGUCACAGUGAUGAAGAAAUCUGGACAUGUAGUUAUAAUAAUAAGAUGAUGAGUCUCUACAACCUGCAGGGGGAACUAGUGAAGUCAUUACAAACUAAGUCAGGGAACGGUCCACGGGACAUAGCAGUGACAAGGAGUGGGGAUCUAGUUUAUACUGAUUACUUUGAUAGAACUGUGAACAUAGUGAAGAAUACACAGAUACAGAGAGUGAUCAGACUACAGUGGUGGAGACCUCGCAGUGUAUGUAGUACCUCCUCUGAUGACCUCCUGGUUGUCAUGGAUAGUAUUGAUGAUAAACAAACAAAAGUGGGGUGUUACUCUGGCUCCGCAGAGAAACAAAGUAUUCAUUAUGAUGACAAAGGACAACCUCUCUAUUCAUCUGGUGACUUUAAAUACAUCAGUGAGAACAGGAACCAAGAUAUCUGUGUGUCAGACCGUGGAGCCCGUGCAGUAGUGGUGGUCAAUCAGGCCGGGAAACUCCGGUUUACCUACACUGGUCCUCCCUCUACUACCAAGGGACCAUUCUAUCCAGCCGGCAUCACAACAGACAGCCAGGGUCGGAUCCUGACAGCAGACCAUAACAACCACGGUAUCCACAUCCUGGAUCAGGACGGACAGUUCCUCCGCUACAUUGACAACUGUCAUUUACAGAUUCCAUGGGGUUCAUGUGUGGACACCAGAGACAACCUCUUUGUGAUUGAGUACCUCACAUGUAAAGUGAAGAAAAUACAAUAUCUGAUGUAAACAAACUGUGUUUGAUAUUUGUAAUAUAGUUCGAAACAUAUUGUUUACUUCAUAUACAUGUGUAUAAACUGUGUGAACAAACUGUAAUAUAUAUAAUAUAUAUAUAACUGUAUAAUAUAUGUAACAAACUGUGUGUAUGUAUUAUAUGUAAACAAACUGUGUGUAUGUAUUAUAAGUAAACCCACUGUGUUUGUGUAUGAUAUGUAAACAAACUGUGUGUUUGUGAAUGUAUUAUAUGAAAACAAACUAUGUGUGUGUAUUGUAUUUGUAA